AUGUGUCAAUUGGUCAAUCCUACAUGGAUGAGUGUGAAUGUGUAUGAGUUGAAUAGCACUACAGUGCUGCAUAAAAUUACAAUUCAAAUCACAUCAAACAACAUUGAGGAACUUGGCUCUGCCAAGCAUCUGUCAGACUUCCUGCAUGCUGAGGAGCUGCAACAAAAUGCCCUUGUGAAAGUGCAGAAAGACAGUUUGAACAUUGGCAACAAGGUGCUUUCAAUCAAAGGCAGCAAGUUCCAUUGGAACAAACAAGAUAUGUCAGCUGCCCUGGAAGACAUCAACUUGACAGUCCAAAAGGGGGAGCUAACAGAGGGCGAAGUGGCUUUGUUUGGCAAUGUGGCAUAUGCUGCUCAGAAUCCUUGGUAUGUUGUAUAUGAGGCACUUUUAGCAUGUUGGCUCACAGUUCAAGAUAACAUCCUUUUCUCACAUGAGUAUGAUGAGGUGUUCUAUAACCUUGUUAUUGAAGCUUGUGCUUUGAAGCCCGACUUAGAGCUUCUCCCACAAGGUGAUCUGACUGAGGUCAGUAAAAAAGGCAUUACUCUCAGUGGUGGCCAAUGUGUGCAUGUCAUGUUUGCUCAUGCAAUCUAUGCUUGUUCAGAUCUGAUUCUUCUUUGGCUGCUGUCAAUUCCCAUGUUGCCUGACAUGUCUUUGAUCAUGUUAUCAGUCCUCAAGGCUUGCUCACAACCAAAGCAUGCAUUCUUGUUGCUAACAGCAUUUCAUAUCUCAAUCGCGGUCACACUACAGUCCAGCAACAUGGCCACUCCUACUACAAGCGAGGGAGAUGAGGAUAUGCAAGCCACCCUUGUUGGAGGGCUUGAAUGUGUAUCAGAGAAGGUAUUAUGUAGAGAAAGUUUCAAAAAAGCCAUCCUCACUACACCACCCAAGCUCUGCAAUGCCUCUUCUGAUGGCAUUAUGAAGGAGCACAGUGAACAGGGCCACAUCAAGAUGGAAGUGUACUUGCAGUACCUCCAUGCAGCAUCAAGAAAGGGGUUCCUGUUCUUUGUACUUGCUAUGGUCCUGCAGCAGGUGGUAUCUGUCACAUUAACCAUGAUGCUCAGGCUCUGGGGUGAGCAUAACCGCAAGAUGGGUACCAACAUAGGAUUGACUAAUAAAUGCUGCAUUUGGUCAUGCAUGUACCACUCAGCUUUUUUGAGACAACACCAACAGGACAGUGCACCAGAUCAUAUUUUGAACUUGUUUUCUUAUGAUAUAUAUGUUGUUGAUCAAAUCCUUGUGCGAGUGAUUCAAAAUAUGUUGUGCUACCUCCCUAGUACUGCUGUAAAUCAGUGGCUUGCAGUGAGAUUGGAGUUUGUUGGAGCAGUAAUCAUCUUUGUCACAGCUGUUUUAGCUGUCUCUGCUAUUGUGACCAGUGAUGUUGAUGUGGGUUUAGUCAAUCUAGUUCUGUCUUAUGCUUUGAACAUGACAGGUUCACUGAUGCUUCAGAAACCCAGAGAGAAAAUCAGAAUAUGUGGCCAAACUGGGGCAGGAAAAUCAUCUCUUCUUCUCACACUAUUCCAGAUCAUCAAGUCUGCAUCUGGAACUAUCUUCAUUGACAAAGUAGAUAUUACCAAACUUGGCCUCCAUGACUAUACCUUUAAUCAAGUGCAUUCUGCAAUAUCCAUGGUUCCUCAAAGUCCAGAUUUGUUUGAGGGCACAUUGCAAGAGAACAUCAACCCUGCUGGCAAGCACCAGGAUGUGCAUCCAAAGACAUACAUCAAAUCACUCCCUGGGGGACUAGAUGCUCUGGUUCAGGAGGCUGGUUCAUCACUUUCAGCAGGUCAGAGACAACUCUUGUGUUUCAUGAGAGUGCUUUUGUGCAAGACUAAAGUGCUCAUCCUUAAUGAAGAAUUUGACAUGCCAAAGAAGUUGCUGGAGCACAAGAGUUCUAUUUUCCACUCUAUGGCAAUGGAGGCUGGUCUAGUCCAGGUCCAGCUUGAUGAUGCAGAAGAGAAUGCAUAG